UUCCAGGGUGAGUGGCCACAGAUAACGGACCCCAACAAAACAACAAAAAAAAUCCCUCCGUCUGUUGUCGCUGUCUGUUAAUAAUCAUGUGAAUCCUCCGGACCGCUGAGAUUUGGUGCAACAUUACUUCACACAGGGAGGCUGAAGAUGCCGGACACCGAUGUAGAAACACGCUGAAGUAAGUCACACGGCGUCUUACAUAAAGCACCAGUCGGUUAGCUGCGUGCUAUUGAGCUGUAAAAGCUAGCUGCCAUUAUAACAUGAGCUAAUCAUCGGGGAUUGAAGGUAAUUGAUUAUUAGUAAUACUACAUUGAUUAUUAGUGUUAGUGGCACGUUCUUGGAAGUGUUUAACUAUACCGCGUUUUAAGCAGCUGUUAUAACGUGGCUCUUGUUUUCUUGCUAGAAGACUCCAUCGACCAAAACAUGUCAUCAUUAAGUGUGCAGUGGAACUGGUUCCUCAUCUUCCUCCCGGUGUGGGUAUUUGAUGGCAUCCUCAUCCUCAUGCUUGCCAUCAAGAUGGCAGGCCGCUGCAAGCCCGGGUAUGACCCGCGCAACGGCUCCCCAGACCUGCGUCUGCGUGCCUGGUACCUGACGGCCAUGCUGCUCAAGCUGGGCUUCUGCCUGACGCUGUGCGCCAAGCUGGAGAAGCUGGCGGAUGUGAAGCUAACUGUUGUGUGCAUACCACUUUGGACCAUGUUACUGGGGGCAUUGGUGGAGCUGGGGAUGAAUAUAUUUCCUGAAAGGAGAGAGGCCUGAGAAGGAGGAAUUGUUACGCCUGAUUAUGAUGUUUUCAGAAAGGACCGAAGCUCAGAGAAGGAAUCCAAUCAUAAUUUCAGACAUUCGUAUUCAUCUUAAGAAUAAGAGACUUUGUGUAAAAGUACAAAUCGUAGUGUGUUCAGACCUCGAUGGAAUUAGCGGUCUGUCCAUUCAUGUUCAAAAUAGCUACAAAAAAAUGGCAGUAUUUACUUUACAAAGAAAAACAAAUGCACAAAAGGGAUCAACUGUAUAAGACUACUGUGAAUCCUACACUGGAAGAAAUGAUAAGAUGCUCUAAUGUUUGCUCUUGUUUUGAAGAUGUUUAGUAUUUUUUUCCUAGUGUUUAUUUUCACUGUAUAUAAGCUCUUGUAAAGAUUCCGGUUCAAAUGAUUUUGACUCAAGUUCCUUUUAUUUAAGUUGAAUACCAACAGCUGUCUCUUGGUACCAAAUCAUGGAGUGGACGUUUCUGCGACAUGUGCUUUUAUAUAUUGUGUGGUUUUAUUUAGGCACAUACUUCUUUUCAUUCCUGAACCGCGAAAAUCAGUUGGCCAAAUAUUAUUUCACAAGUUCUAAAUUAACUUGAGAGAUGUUCGUGGCAGUAGCUUGGUUUGGCCGCAAUCGAGACGGAAAUUGUAUAAUUUUAAGAAAUUGUUCAGGACAUAAAAAGCAUCUUGGAACAACUUGUGAUUUUUCCACAGGCUGCCCUCCCUGCUCCGUACAGGGUCUCUUUUGUACCAUGUAAAUCAUGUGCUCCAUGAAAAUCAGUAAGCUGUUAUUACUGUUGGUACAAGGUCCAUGGUCGCUAGGAAAAGUACAUGACAUGUCCCACGAUAAAGACCAUGUUCCUGCUGCGUAUUGAGUUCCAUUAUUAGGGUUUAAACAUGCAUCCGAACACUUUUAUCAGCAGUUUCUAGGGUCUUCUAGUUUUUGUUUCAUGUUUCAACUUCAUGGUACGGCUGACUUUGCGCAUGUACGACAUUUGUUUUGUGCCAUUCAAUUGUUUAGUAGUAUUUAAAAUACAUUAUUUGCGCUAUUUUGCACUGUGUUGAAACAAAAAGAAAUAUGAUUUGAGGUCAAAAGUUGUUUUGAUAAUUAAUGCACGUCUCGUAAGAAAUAAAUGGAUUCUGUACAUUGAA